AUGCAUGGACUUAUUUCAUGUACAGAUUGGAGUCCCUCAUCACUGCUUAUUCCUUCGCCCCACUCCUCCUCGCGCUUUCAACCAGUCUGGUCGGGAGGCCGCGAUACUCGCGCUAUCACGACUGUCUCCGAGCGACCCGGGAAUCCCUUCCAUACGGGGUCAUAUGAGACUCCAAGAAUGUCAGAUCCAAUUGGGCUCGAUCUGACAGAACCUGGGCCCAGAGCAUUUCAAAGUGCAGAACAUGUGCCCGACUGGUUCCGCGUAACUCGUCAUCACUGUCAUUUGCUACCGGCAGGUGGCUGCGACAAUUGGUUACCGGGGUUGCAGCAAGUCCACUCGGUGGAUGUAAAGUUGUUAAACAACCAGAUAAAAGGUAAACAUCAUAUUUGUAUGUGCUACUACCAACACUAG